AGUAAAAAGCAGCAUGAUUGGUGGAUGCAGGCGAGAAGAAAAAUAAAACCCAGAACGUUGCUGUUGCACUCCGGACGCGACGCGACAAACGCGAAUGAAUCCAGCGCGUGCUUUCGAUCACAGGUGAAGAAUUGAAACAGAAAAACCUCUUGAAUCACAGAAAAAACAUCCACAUCCACACAAGGAGCUAAAAGUACACAAUGGUCGCUGGCGAUGCGUGUCUCUCAGACAAGCUUAGCGCUGCGUCGCUUGAGUGACAGCUCGCUGGCCAAUGGGAACAUCCAGCGGCCCAGCUGCGCUUAGAACCGACCAAUGGCGAACGGCAGAAUACGGGCCUAAACGCAGGUUAGGCUGUCGUAGCAGGCGGCCAGCGCUAAACUUCACCAAAUAAUAGCUGUUUGUAUUUUGGCUGCCGCAGUAGCCAUUUUAGUGUCCUUGGAAAUAAAUGCGGAGAGAGGAACGCGUAGGUUUUUGCGCUAGCUGAUGUCCGGAGCCGGCGUGUCCAGACGCAGACACCAAGAUCAAGAAAAAAUGAAAAUACAAAAGAAGGACAAGCAGAUGUCUGCCGCCCAUGUACUAAAGCACACUCCAUCCGCUGCUGCCUCGAAUGCCUCUGACCAAAACGCACAAACUACAUUUCCCAUCGGCCACUUGGGCAAAGAACAGUUACGGAUUAUUGGAGGGCCGCCCAAUCAUUGCAUGACUCACACAAAGGCUGGGUCUGCGGCCAGCAGUCACAGUCUCCGCCCUUCAUCAAUCAACAGCGAGGAGGAUGAUGGAGGGGGUGGGACCAGGGUGAAGAAGAAACGAAGGAAAAAAGACAAGACCGAGUCAGAGUGGAACAAAGAUGGAGAGAGCAACGCUAAACCAAAGAGAAGGGUGCAAAAAGAAGGGAAGGAGAUGCUUCCGAGAAAGUCAAAGACGGUGAAGGAACAAAAGGAUCAUAAGAGGGAGGCGAAAGGUCAAAAGGAGGUCAAAAAGGUCAAGAAAGGUCAAGAUGUGAAAGUGAAACCACAGCCCAAGAACACUGCAACACAUCCGCCCUCCAAAAGAGGGAGGAAGCCAAAAGAGCAGGGUGCCAUGCCUCCGGAGAAGAAGAAGAAGGGAAAGAGGAAAAGUGAGGCUAUACUUGAGAUGGUGGAGAGUGAUGACACAGCCUCUCUCAGCACGCUCGCCACCGGCGGUGAGGAAAGCACCGACCCUAUGGAUAACACUAAAAGGCGAUCAGGGCGUCAAGUGAAGCGGCGGAAGUACAACGAAGAUCUUGAUUUCAAGGUCGUGGAUGAUGACGGGGAGACCAUUGCCGUGUUGGGCGCGGGCCGAAUUGCUGCCAUGUCUUCCUCUACUCUCGCCUGGCAGGCUGAGGAACCCCCUGAAGAUGAGGCUAAUAUUAUUGAGAAAAUACUCGCUGUGCGAACGGUCAAGAAAGAGACAUCCCCUGAUGAAGCACCAGAAGAGUUGGAGGAGUUUUACGUCAAGUACAGAAAUUUCUCCUAUCUGCACUGUAAAUGGGCGACCUUGGAGGAACUGGAAAAGGACCCACGCAUUCAACAAAAAAUCAAGCGCUUCAGAAACAAGCAGGCACAAAUGAAGCACAUUUUCACAGAGCCGGAUGAAGACCUUUUUAAUCCAGAUUAUAUUGAGGUUGAUCGGGUUUUAGAGAUCGCUAUCACCACUGAUACAGAAACAGGAGAGGAAGUUACCCACUACCUGGUGAAAUGGUGCUCACUGUCAUAUGAGGAGAGUACUUGGGAGCUUCAGGAAGAUGUUGACCCUGUGAAAAUCCGAGAGUUUGAAGACCUCAAGAAAAUUCCAGAAAUUAAACUUGUGGAAAGGCCUCUACCAGAACAGUGGCAAAAACUGGAGAAGUCCAGAGAAUACAGGAAUGGGAACCAGCUCAGAGAAUACCAAUUAGAGGGAAUGAACUGGCUUCUUUUCAACUGGUACAACAGGAAAAACUGUAUUCUGGCUGAUGAGAUGGGGCUGGGGAAGACCAUCCAGUCCAUCACGUUCCUCUUUGAGAUUUUCUUCAUGGGUCUGAGAGGACCCUUCCUCAUCAUCGCCCCGCUCUCCACCAUCACCAACUGGGAGAGGGAAUUCCGCACAUGGACUGAAAUGAACGUCAUUGUCUAUCACGGCAGCCAGAUCAGUCGGCAGAUGAUCCUGCAGUAUGAGACGUACUACAGAGAUGAACAGGGAAACAUCAUGACUGGUCAGUUUAAGUUUCAUGGCGUGAUCACUACAUUUGAAAUGAUUAUGGCUGACUGUCCGGAGCUGAAGAAGAUAAACUGGCGCUGUGUGGUGAUUGACGAGGCCCAUCGCCUAAAAAACCGCAACUGUAAACUGCUGGAGGGACUCAAACUCAUGAACCUGGAACAUAAAGUUCUUCUCACAGGAACUCCUUUGCAGAACUCCGUUGAGGAACUCUUCAGUCUUCUUAACUUUCUCGAACCCUCACAGUUCCCUUCCGAGACCACGUUCCUGGAGGAGUUCGGAGACCUAAAGACAGAGGAGCAGGUAAAGAAACUGCAAGCCAUUCUGAAGCCCAUGAUGUUGAGGAGACUGAAGGAUGAUGUGGAGAAGAAUCUGGCCCCUAAAGAGGAGACAAUCAUCGAGGUGGAGCUAACUAACAUUCAGAAGAAAUACUACCGUGCCAUUCUGGAGAAAAACUUUACCUUCCUUGCCAAGGGAGCGAACCAGCACAACAUGCCCAACCUCAUCAACACAAUGAUGGAGCUUCGCAAGUGCUGCAAUCACCCGUACCUCAUUACAGGUGCUGAAGAAAAGAUUCUUGAGAGCUUCAGGAAAACCUACAGUUCUGACGCUCUGGAUUUUCAGCUGCAGGCAAUGAUUCAGGCCGCUGGUAAACUAGUACUUAUCGACAAGUUACUGCCCAAACUGCUAUCCGGAGGACAUAAAGUGCUGGUGUUUUCCCAGAUGGUUCGAUGCCUUGAUAUACUGGAGGACUACCUCAUUCAGAGGAGAUAUACAUACGAACGGAUUGAUGGGAGAGUUAGAGGGAAUCUAAGGCAGGCUGCCAUCGAUCGCUUCAGCAAGGUGGACUCUGACCGCUUCGUGUUCCUCCUCUGUACACGAGCAGGAGGUCUGGGCAUCAACCUCACCGCCGCCGACACCUGCAUCAUAUUCGACUCAGACUGGAACCCGCAGAACGACUUGCAGGCUCAAGCUCGCUGCCAUCGGAUCGGUCAAAGCAAAGCGGUGAAAGUGUAUCGACUUAUCACGAGAAACUCGUACGAGAGGGAGAUGUUUGACAAGGCCAGUCUGAAACUGGGAUUGGACAAGGCUGUUCUGCAGGACAUCAACCGCAAGGGCAGCCUCAAUGGGGUUCAACAACUGACCAAGAUGGAGGUCGAAGAUCUUCUCAGGAAGGGGGCGUACGGGGCGCUCAUGGACGAGGAAGAUGAGGGCUCUAAAUUUUGCGAGGAGGAUAUUGAUCAGAUCCUGCAGCGCCGCACACAGACCAUCACAAUCCAGACUGAGGGGAAGGGAUCAACUUUUGCCAAGGCUAGCUUUGUGUCUUCAGGGAACCGUACAGACAUCUCUCUGGAUGAUCCAAACUUCUGGCAAAAGUGGGCCAAAAUUGCUGAACUGGAAAUUGACUCCAAGGCAGAAAAGGAGAGUCUGGUGAUCGACACUCCUCGCGUAAGGAAGCAGACGCGCCACUAUAACUCAUUUGAGGACGAUGAACUGAUGGAGUUCUCUGAACUGGACAGCGACUCAGAGGAACGACCCUGUCGCACAAGACGUCUCAGUGAUCGCAACAGACGCUACCUCCGAGCAGAGUGCUUCAGAGUGGAGAAAAACCUUCUUAUUUUUGGGUGGGGUCGCUGGAAGGAUAUUCUCAAUCAUGGGCGUUUUAAAUGGCACCUGUCGGAGCGAGACAUGGAGGUGCUGUGCAGGGCUCUUCUGGUCUACUGUGUUCGCCAUUAUAAAGGAGACGACAAAAUUAAAAGCUUCAUCUGGGAUCUGAUUACACCCACUAAAGAUGGGCAUAAUCAAACACUGCAAAACCACUCAGGUCUGUCUGCUCCUGUCCCGCGUGGUCGGAAAGGAAAGAAACUGAAGAACCAGUUGAGUCCACCUGAGCUGAAGAAUGCUGACUGGCUGGUCCACUGUAACCCAGAGGUCGUGCUUCAGGACGACAGCUACAAGAAACAUCUCAAACAACAUUGCAACAAGGUGCUACUGAGGGUGCGGAUGCUGUACUAUCUGAAGGUUGAAGUGCUGGGGGAGGCUGCUAAUCAGGCUCUUGAAGAGAUCCCAGCCAGUAAACUGGAGGUAACCCUGCCUGAUAUCGACUACAUUGAGAUCCCUACUAUUUGGUGGGAUUCUGAGGCGGAUAAAUCGCUGCUUAUUGGAGUUCACAAACAUGGGUAUGAGCGGUAUAACGCCAUGCGUGCAGACCCUGCUCUGUGCUUCCUGGAGCGGGUGGGUAUGCCUGAUGUCACUGCACUGACGGUAGAACAAAGUGGAGCAGAAACUGCUUCAGAUGCACCUGAUGGUAUCAGCAAAAGUGAUGAAAUUAAAGAGGAAAAUGACAUGAAGUCUGAGGAAUUAGAAGAGAAAGUAGAGAUCAAGGAGGAGCCCAUGUCAGAGGAAACGGGGAAAAACGACACUACAGUGGCAGGGGGCUUCGUAAAUUCUCUCGCAGGAGACCUAAUUACAGAGAUGAUGGAACAGGGGCGGAUACAGUGGCCGGCAGGCUCGGCUCUUACAGCACGUUUACGCCGCCUCAUUACUGCGUAUCAGCGUUACACACGCCGUGAGCCACUUCGUCAUGAUUUCCUCUUACACGAUGGAAUUGCACCUGUGACGUGGCAAAUUGGAGAGUUUAGGCACUGCACAACUGAGCCUGACCCACUCUUUUUGGAGUGGCAACGAAGGUGGACGCGUCGUGAGCAGGCUGACUUCUAUCGCACAGUGUCUUCGUUUGGAGUAGUGUAUGAUCCAGAAAAGAAAAUCUUUGACUGGGGCCAGUUCCGUGCCCUUGCUCGAUUGGAGAGGAAGACCGACGAAAGCUUGGAGAGAUAUUUCCACAGCUUUGUUUCAAUGUGUCGCACUGCAUGUAGACUGCCCCCUAGAAAAGAUGAAGGUUCAGUUGAUCCUUCGCUGUUUGUGGAACCCAUUACAGAAGAGCGAGCUGCCCGAACAUUAUACCGUAUUGAGCUUUUGAGAAAGGUCCGUGAGCAAGUAUUGCGGCACCCACUCCUGGGGGCACGACUGCAACUUUGUCGCCCUAGUUUGUACUUACCCGUCUGGUGGGAGUGCGGCAAGCAUGAUCGUGAUCUUCUCAUCGGUGUUGCUAAGCAUGGCUUGAGUCGAACUGACUUCUACAUCCUCAAUGACCCACAACUAUCCUUCCUGGAGGCCCAUCGGAACUAUGUUCAUAAAGAAAACCACAGAUAUCCAGUCCCAGGCUUGCCUCACCAUCAUUGCUGCUUGUAUGAUGCCAACCUUGGACAUUGUCAAUCCCCACAACCUCCGGAGUAUCACCACACACCUUCACCCCACACACCAACACAACUUGUCCAUACUCAUGGGCAUCACCAGCCCACAGAAGUGGUAGCGUCAGAGCCAGGAAGUUCCCUGGGAAUAGGUUCAGGAAACAGGGAAGGGUUUUUGGACUGCCCUCCAUUAGAUGACUCACUGGAGUUGGGGUCUUUACAACAUGAAGGUUUGACAUCCGACACACUACAUAGCAAAUCUGGGAAAGAGGCCUUCAAUGGAUUCCCGUUCAAUUCUGCAACUGGUGGGCUGAAUAUGCUAAAUUCGUAUGGUGUGCAGGGGGAGCUAAAUGGGGCUCAAGGAGAUAUGGCGGACUCCAUAGCUGGGAAACUUCGCAGCGAUGUUCUGGUGGGAGAGCAAGGGUCCUCGGAGGAGACUGGAUUAAUGGCUCCUUCUGUGGAACUCGAUGAACUUCAAACUCCAUGGGAAAGCUCAGACCAUGUUGAAACCUCUGACAUGUUCAACGAGACUGAUCCCAUUUUGGGAGCACAAGCUUUGGAACCAAGCUUUUUGGAUCCUCCUCAACCAGACGAUGGACGGGAGGGUGAUGAAACACUAACCGACUGUUUGAGCAUGCCCAGUUCGGACUCUCAAAGCAACCCUGUCGAGCCACUGGCACCAAGCUUUAUGUUGUUCAAAGACCUUAAUGUUGGAGAGGCAUCUGUGGAUCAGACAGAUUUGUCGUCCAGUCUUCCAGAUUAUGUUCCACCACCUCUUGGUCUCCCGGAUGUUAGUCUUGACCAGGCAGAUCCCAUUAGUGAGGAUCAAGAGGACAAGCUUAGUGAUUCCAACAUCACACAGGGUGUUCCCAGUCCAGGAGAAGGUGCUGAAAGCAUGGGGUUCCAUUUUGAGAAAGAAGACCUUUCUCCAGACAGUCUGAAGACUAAGGAUUCUCAAGACGAAAUUGACAAGAUGCCUUCAAUAGAGUCUCCAAGGGAAAAUUGUCUUGAGGAAUGCCAAAAAGGGGACUGCAAGGUGACAUUUGACGAUUCCAAUGAAGGAGACUUGGAAGAAUCUUACGAGAAGCCUCUAAGAGAGCCAGAAAAAGUGCCUUUGGAGGAGUCUUAUGAUCUGACUUGCGACGAGACCCUGCAGGAACCUUGUGAAGGGUUUCAGCAAGACUCAGCGGAACAGCAAAUGGUGGAAGAACCCUCUGAAGAAGCCUGCAAAGAACCACCAGAGCCAAUAGAAGAGUGCAAUCUAACUAACACUACCCUCUCAACAGAUUACCCUUUGCCUCCUUCACUCCCAUCAUCUCCAACUACCUUACCUGACACCUCUGCAUCUCCGGUCCUUGAUGUAGUCCCUAAACAAGAGUUCCUCAUGGAUCCAGUGGUGUCAGAUGUGAAGCCUGAGCCAGACAGCACUACGCAGACCCCUCACCUCGAGCAGACUGAGGUUUUGGAUGUAAAGGACAAGAUAAAAGACGAAGAUGCGAAGACAUCAGGAUUAUUGGGAGAUGUUGAUGCACCACGCUUUGCGCUGCCCAUGUGCGAGAUGGGAGACAGUGUCCAUGAAAUAAGGGAACCAACCAUUGCUCAGCUUUUACAGGAGAAAGCACUCUUCUCCUUCUCAGAGUGGCCUAAGGACAGAGUGAUCAUCAACCGUAUUGACAGUAUCUGCCAUACUAUCUUAAAGGGGAAGUGGCCUUCCUCUAGUCAACAGUAUGAGUCUCCCUCUGCAUUGGCUAACACCUGCAUGCCUAGCAGUGCCCACCAGAGGGCAGGAUUUCUGACUACCAGAAUGCCUAUAUCUCAGAGCCUUAACUUCAACCUCCCACAUACAGUACCCCACUUACCAAAGGAGCGGUUAGUUGCCCCGGCAUUUCUCUCUGAGCUCAAACGUCCCAGGCGUGGGUUUGAAUUUGAGGCAGAAGUUCUUGCCAAACCAAGCCAUCUUGGAGAAAAGAUCCAGGUUGGCACGUCUCAUCGUGCUAACGCUCUUCUCCUUAAUGGUUGGCAGGAUGCUGCUAUUGACCUCUCCAAACCAUCUGAACUAACAGUUGGUGGAGACAGUGGGCCAAUCAGUCAUAUGAGCCACACUGUCCAGUCAACGCCCCACAAAAUAACCGGGAUAGGCUCCAUACAAGGCUCACUGGGAUUGGAUAUGGCUGGCAUUUUGCAGGCUGGCUUAAUUCAUCCUGUCACAGGGCAGAUUGUCAACGGUAGUCUUCGUCGGGAUGAUUCAAUGUUGAGACGGAGAAGAGGACGAAGAAGAAAUGUAGAGACUCCUGAUCUCGGCUUUAUGAAGGGACGAGCCAUGAACUUGCCUGAACAACAGUGUGGGUCAGAGAGCAUCAGCCAGCCUGUUGUGUCCUCAACAUCCUCUCAGUCAGAAUGCCCUCCAUCCACCCCGACUACACUUCCUACUCUCCCUCCAGCAAACUCUCCAGCUCCUCCUCCAUCCUCAGAGACUCUGAAUGUGAGCGUGGACAGGGAAACGGCCAAUAAAGGCCUAAUGGAAUGGCUCCGACAAAACCCCAACUACAACAUGGAGCUGUCUGCUUUUCCAUCGUCUCAGAAUGCGAACAUGUUGCACAGUUUCUUGGAGCGUCCAAAGCAAAGAAGACAUCGCUGCAAAGAUCCCACCAAGCUCGACGUCAGCUCUCUAACUGGAGAGGAGAGGGUCCCUGUAGUGCACAGAAACACAGGCCGCAGGCUUGGAGGCGCUAUGGCUCCAGCCAUUAAAGAGCUCUCUCGAUGGCUGGAUGCAAAUUCCGAAUACUCUGUGGCUCCUGAUUGGGCAGAUGUGGUGAAGCAUUCGGGUUUUCUACCGGAGGGCAAAUUCGCACGCAUCCUCACCGGACCUGUGUGUCGGGAUCCCGGUCCACGCCGAAGAGGCAGACGACCCCGCAGCGAGAUGCCCAAAGCCCCCGAGCUCCCCGCUGGCAUGGCUCCGCUCUUCAUGAACGGUGGGCUCAUUGGCAGCAUGGACCUGGUUAGUUUACCCAAUCUCCGCAAUGUCCCUGGGAUCCCACUCACCGGUAUCAUGGGCUUUCCUCAUGGUUUCGCCACGGCUGUAACAUCAGGAGACGAUGCCAAGAAUGGUCUCGGCAUGUUGCCCAUGAUGCUCCAUGGCAUGGCGGCCGUGCAGCCGCCCAUGUAUAGCGCUCACAUGAGUGGGAUGAUGAGUCAGUCGCUUUCCACGGCGACAUCCACUAUGUCCACCGUAACUGCAUCCACGACAGCGAGCGUGACUACGAACUCCGCAACCGUAACCUCAACCUCAAGCCCGCCGGAAAGUUCGGACACCGCACUUCAGCGGGAUAACACGAGCUCUCCGAUGAGCACGGAGACCUGGAUUAAGGAGGAAACGAAGCAAGGAGGAGAAGAGAAAAAAGUGUCCGCUUCGGUGUCUACAGCUGCGCCCACUAGCAGCAGUAGUAGUAGUUGCAUCACAAGCACCGGCAGCCAUUUGACCUUUAACCCCUUUCUAAUCCCGGGAAUGUCACAUAGUCUGUUGUAUCCGCAUAUGUUCUUGCCGCCAGGCAGUAUAAUGGCACUGCCCGCGAUGCCUGCAGCAGACAGCACGGGCAGCCCUAAGAGGAAGAGGAAGAAGGUCAGAGAGGAAGGACUCGCGGAGGGAAACGGGAACGGUGGCGUGCAGAUGGACGGCGAGGAAUCGAAGGGGGUUAAAGUCGAACAGACGCCCGAACGAAAGAGCCAAGAGGGUGUAAUGGAGGAAGAUGGACAUCUGGUCAAAGAUUCUCAUGACCAUAUACGAGAUCCUUCCGAGGAUAAAAGUACUGAAGAAAAGGAAAAAAACAAAACGGGAGAAGAACCUGAGCAAGAUUCUCAAGGCCCGUGUGACGGCGGAGACUAGAAUGCGUCCUCACGUUUGGGCCGCAGUACUUUUGUGUGUGUCGUGUCGGUAAAAGUUUGUGUAUAGGACUUUGAUUAUCAAUGUAUUGUUUAUAGAUCCGCCCUUGUAAUUUCACUGACAUCUACUCUACCUUCUGGGUGUGUGCUAAAGAAAUAGACACUUGAAGCAUGCAAACGCUCAGAGGUCUUGAAUCCUACAACGGGGCGACAUCAUCAUUGUUGUUAGCAGGUUCCUUUUGCAUCAUGGGAAUGGACACUCGGAAGACUCUGUCUAUUGACGGAGAACGCGCUUAGUGACCCCCCCUCUCGAUUAGGUGUUAUUUAAUGGCAUCUUUCACAGAUUCUCAGAAAGUGGUAGGAUGUUGGUAUUUUGCAAAAAAAAAGACAACAGUCUCACUCCAUAAUGGUGGUUCGGAUCAUGCUUUUAUAGUUAAGACCUAGAGUCAUGAAACAUUUCUCGGAAUAAUGUAAAGACAAAAACGCUCAUCCCAUUGGUAGAUUACCAGCAGUGCUGCGUCUGAUUCGUUCUUGAUGGACCACAGUAUUUUGUUCUUAGUUGCUUGCUGCUAUGUAUUCAUUUUAGUCAAGAUUUUAACGUAAAUCUUUUACAAAGCUAUAGAUGGCAUGAGUGCAACAUGGUGAGUGCAAUGGAAACUCAAAAAGAGCAAGGCUUGAAGUUGAUGGCAAAGAACAAUCCAAAACAAAAUUGAUUUAUCUUUUGUUUUUGUUUGUCUUACUGUUUUUGGUGUCAUUUCCACAUUGUCGCUUUUGAUAAGGUGCCCCGUUGCGAUGCUAAUAAUCGUUUAUAUAGAUGGUUAUGUGUACUUGGGGGGUCCAAGGGCAAAGCAUUGGUGCCAUAGAGGAGACUCGGUUCUAAAAUGUUUUGGUAAAAUAAAAGCCUGACGCAAAGCGUUUGUAGCAGAAUUGUGAGAACUGUGUUUUAGUGAAUUUAAAGGGAUAGUCCCCUGUCAUCAUUUAGUCACCCCCUGACUGUGGAGCACAAAAGCAUAAUGCUCACAUUGCACCAAUGAAAGCAUAAAAUGGCUGUCAAGCUUCAAAAAUAAUCAUGCAACUACACUUUUCCUCAUGCAAAGCUAUUGUGUGACUUGGGAUAUAGUGCGUAAUUAAUUUGAACUGUUUAUUGUGUUUUUGUCCUUCUUGGAGCUUGAUAAGUCCUGGUCAUUGUGCUUUUGUUUCACUGAGUCACGCAGGUUUGGAAGUGAGUAAAUGAUGCCAGAACGCUUUAUUUUGGGUGAUGUAUUUCAUCACCCAGAAUAAGACAAAAAUAUCUCCUUUUUUUUGCAUUCACUAAAGCCCUGUGGGUCGACAGGAAGACGUCAGAUCGUCUCGUUCUCACGGGUUUCAUUGCUCUUGUUUUCUCUGGUUCAUUUGAAAAUAUUGUAAAGUAAAACCUACCAAGAUUUUUGAAAACAUGUAAAUCUAUCUAGCUGUAUAUUGCUGUUACUUUUGUUUACAAGCACACAAUGUUAUUUUUUUUUUCCUUGCCAGUAUGUCUCAUAUUGGGGGGGACGUGUAAAGAAAAAAAGCAGCACUAGUGAGUUUUUUUUUUUUAUCAUCGUUUGAAAUACUUUACACUAGUUGAUAACCAGAGAUGAUUUAACUUGUUUUCUCCCCCAAUCGCAACAGGGUCUCUCUUUUGUGGGAGUAGUCAUUUUCCACCUUCUCAUCUUACUCAUUUUUUUUUUUUUUUUUUCAGUUUUCGGAUGUGAAAACGUUUUUGCACAGUCUUUUUGGUGAAUGUUUACCUGUAAUUGUGUUCCGUCUUGUUUGUUUGUGUGUUUGUGUGGAAGCAUGCGCACGCUUGCACAUGUCACUUCUUGUACAUUUUGACCUAUGUAAACCUGUACUGUAUAUUUCUUGUCUAAACAACAACAAAAAAUCAUGGUCACCUUCAAAAAACAUGCUGUUGUUGCCUUGUCACACUAUUUGUGACACUAUAAUGUAAUUUAUUUUGCUUUAUUUCUCUUUUUUUUUUACUUUUCCAGAUUCACCUAAUAUUUCCCUUUUCUCAUCACAUCUUUUUGUGUUCACUUUGCAAUGCCUUAUUUAGCAUUUUAUAUAUGGAUGUUUGUUACAUCUUUAUGUUGGGGAAAUAUAUAUCGAAGUACUUGUGUACAGUGUCAACGUUUUGGGAAGCAGACUCGGUCAUACAGGUUAAAAUGCAGACGCUCUAGUUGUACAGAUACUGGUCUCUGGAGUGCUUUUCAAGUCGUAACACUAUUCAAAUGACAUAACCAGGUCUAAUUCCUCUCUCAAUUCAUUCAAAACAGUAUUGUGAAGCACAAAGUCUAUCUGACUUUCAAAAAUGUCUCAUUUUUAGUCUGAAAGUUUAGUUCUACUCUUUCUCUAUUGUCCCUACACUACUGUCUCAGUAACAUCUGGUGAAAACAACCCCAGUCUAUAACUCUGGAUGAUUACGUUACCCUCGCUUUUUGACAUUUUGAUAAGUUCGUAACUCCAUUAAAGGCCUUCGAGAAGCACAGCCAGUAUAUGUACAAAUGGAGAGUUCAGACUGUUAGGCUGAGAAUGCUGCAUUGCUGGUUGUAAGUGUAAUGGUUUUAUUAAUGUACCGUUUGUUGGAAAUGUAUAGUUUGAAAACCCAACAAUAUUGUUGCAAACUCAAAAACACUCCUGUUUAAUUCAAACAUGGUGUUUGAAAAGAAAGUGCAGUAUCUGGGCCCAUUUUAAGAUCAAUGAAUUAAAUAACACUCCAAAUAACUAUUUUUGUCUUUCUCCCCCAACUGAAACGGUUUGUUAGUUCAUCCAAAAGUCUGAUCAAUUUCAAAUUUGACCUGUAUUUAUUGUGUUUUACUGUCUCAAAAAAAUUACUGUCUCCUUGUGUAUUGCAACAUGCACAUAAACUUUGUCUCAAGGUUUUGGUUGUUUUCCUAUAUUUGAUUUUAACACUGAUUCAUUUUACUUUCCAUAAAAGCUGAACUGUUCUGCAAAUGGUAAUGCUGACUGUAUCCACGUGUAAAAAGAUGUCUCUGGAUAAUUGCUCCUUGAGAGCAAAAAGCCUUUCCCCUCAGCCCUCUACCUCCAUUUUCCAUGGAUUAAUCAAAGGGAGAUUAUUUUAGUAGCUUUGCAUAGUGCAUUUCUGAUGGGGAACAAGAGAAUUGGGAAUUGUUUGGUACCAUACGCCAGUCUCAUUUGAUCAGACUCUGUCUGCAUUGAAUAUUUCCAAUGCUUUUAAAUAUGCACGUAGUAGGAGACUGGAUUUUGCUUGGCCAUUGUCAGUGUUUGCAUGCCAGGACCUGCUAAUAAGACCCAGUCUUUGCAUUUGAAGCUGUUCCCAUACUUAAGUGUAUGCAAGGCAGGCUACUAUGGAGUGUUUCUUAUAACGGAGCUGCUUAGCCAGACAGAAUAAAAUCUGGGGUCAAGUCCUUAGUGUUCAAGGCACAUUAGAGCAUUGUGUACCAUGUAGAAAUGCGCUUUCAUCUCUAUCGAGCCUAUAUUGGAAGUUCUGUUCCUCAAGAUCUUGUAAAAUAAUAUUGAAUGGUUUUGAUGCAACUAAUAAUGGUCAGUGUUCAUGACAAGGAAGCACUGUAAGUUUGUGGUUACAUUUGAAGCAAGUGCACUAUAUUGGGGUGAUUACACAAGACAAAAAAGUGAACAUACUCUUGGUAUGAAAUCUGCAGCAAUGCUGAGAGUUGUGGGUGUUUUUAUAUAUUUUUAUUAUUAUUAUUUGGGAUAUUUUAUUUGUUUUGUUCAAAUAGCUCCUGUACACCGAUGUGGACCAAUCAUAUAAUUCAAACCAUGGUAUGUGAUCUUUUAUUGUGCAAUAAAAGAUGACUUUCAACUUUCAAGUCA